GGCGGUGGCGGCGGGCACCUGCUGGGGCCGCCGGUGGCAGGGAUGCUCCUGCCCUUUGCGGCGGAGCGGGGAGGCUGCCGCAGUCCCCGCGCCGGGGUCUGGGAGCCGCUGCCGGCAGCAGCAGAGGGACGGAGGAAGGAGAUGCUGCUUGCGCCUGCCCGGCCCUGCUGCCGCCUGGGGAAAUGAACAUGAGUCUGCCAGGCCGCGUCUCCUGCUCCAUGCUCAACUGCUUUGGUGAGGAGGGCCCUCCCAGUUUGGAGUAUAUCCAGGCCAAGGACUUGUUCCCCCCGAAAGAGCUUGUGAAGGAGGAAGAGUCAUUGCAGGUCCCAUUCACCGUGUUGCAGGGCGAGGGAGUGGAGUACCUUGGCCAUGCAAACGAUGCUGUGAUUGCCAUCUCCAACUACCGGCUUCAUAUCAAAUUCAAGGAUUCUGUGAUCAAUGUGCCUUUGAGGAUGAUGGAAAGCGUGGAGUGUCGGGAUAUGUUCCAGCUUCACAUCGUCUGCAAGGACUCCAAAGUGAUCAGGUGCCAUUUUUCCACCUUUAAGCAGUGCCAGGAGUGGCUGAAGAGGCUGACUCGAGCCAUUGCCCGCCCUGCUAAGCCUGAGGACCUCUUUGCAUUCGCCUACCACGCAUGGUGCUUAGGAGUCUGUGUUGAUGAGGAGGAUCAACAUGCACAUCUCUGCCGUCCAGGAGACCAUGUGAGAUACCGCUUUGAGAUGGAGCUGGUGAGGAUGGGCUUCGACUUGCAGAACGUCUGGCGCGUCUCUGACAUCAACAACAAUUACAAGUGAGUGCUUCACCACCAGGUUCUUCCCUCUCUCCUCUUUCCUCACCUUCUUCCCUUUGCAGUCCCCUUGUGGAGCAGUGGAUGAGUCAGACCCCAGCUAAUCCUCCUUCCUGCCUUGAUAACCCUCAGGCAGAUCAGCAUAUGAAGCAGAUCCCCUUUUGUUCUGCCCUUCACAUCAUGGAACUGAGGAAGGAAUGCGGCCCAAACACCAGAGCUAGCAGCACGUCUAAAUGCUGACUCAUGUAGCUUAUAAUGUGGCAGCCAUAAUUCAUCCUUGAAGAUGUUCUGGAGUCUUGGAGGAACUGUCCCUCAUAGGGUUGCUUUUCUGGUCAGUCAUUGUGUCUAAAAUGCUCGCGCUGUUUGAAAUUAGAAAUACCAAGUUUUCUUAAAGUCGGGCAGCUUUUCAGCUCAGUUGAGAAACAGGAGUAGCCAGGGAAAGGCUGUCAGGAUGCUUGGAAGUCUUGGGGAGUCAUAGAAUCACAGAAUGGUUGGGGUUGGAAGGGACCUUAAAGACCACCCAGAGCCACCCCCUGCCCUGGGCAGGGACACCUCCCACCACACCA